UUUGCAAGUCAUGUGCUCUCCGAAGAUUUUCCAUCCAGCCUGCCCAGCAGAAGAAGAUUCCAAACCGGUAUUUGGGCCAGCCCAGCCCCUUCACACACCCACACCUUCUCAAACCAGGAGAGGUAACCCCAGGAUUGUCACAGGUGGAAUAUGCUCUUCGCCGACACAAACUGAUGACAUUGAUCCAGAAAGAAGCCCAUGGCUGGGAUGGAUUGGACCACACAGUGAUUCUGCUAUCCAACCCCACAUACUACAUGAGCAAUGACAUCCCCUACAUUUUCCACCAGGACACUAACUUCCUGUACCUCUGUGGGUUCCAGGAGCCUGACAGCAUCCUGGUUUUGCAGAGCAUUCCUGGCAAAGCGCUGCCCUCCCACAAAUCCAUACUUUUUGUGCCCCGGAGAGAUCCAAGCCGAGAGCUGUGGGACGGGCCCAGAUCAGGCACGGAUGGGGCAAUUGCUCUCACAGGAGUAGAUGAAGCUUACACCAUCGAGGAGUUCAGGCACUUGGUGGCCAAGCUGAAAG